GGUCCACUGUUUAUGAACGAGGUGGGUCUACAUUUACUGUGUAAGCUACGGUUGAAAUUCCUACGCUAACCAACUUUAGCCAGGUUGCUAACAUGUAAUUAAGCGAGUGUGGUUAAACUGCAUCCAUGGUGCUAUUAUGGAUUUGAAUUGACAAGGGCUAUGCUGAUUCCGACACUGGAAUACCGAAAUAAUUGGUGUUUUCCUGUGCGUCUCGCCGUAACUACAACCAGAACAUGUCCAGUUAGCUAGAACGCGCCGAUUGGUGGAUAACGAACCUGGCAAGCUAGCCACUCUACCCGGGUUUGGACUGGGUCGAGGGGGUUUUGAACAGGUUUCAUCGCCGAGUGGACAACCGAGUCGGAUGCUGUGAUUACCAUGAGUCCCGCAGGCUGCCCCCAUGUCAACUGCUUCAAAGUGGACAACUGGAAGCAGAACCUGAGGGUUAUUUAUCAGUGUUUCGUAUGGAGCGGUUCAGCCGAGACCAGGAAACGCAAGGCCAAGUCAUGCAUCUGCCACAUGUGCGGCGCUCACCUGAGCAGACUCCACUCCUGCCUGUACUGUGUCUUCUUCGCCUGCUUUGCCAAAAAACACAUCCACGAGCAUGCCAAGAGCAAAAGGCAUAACCUAGCUAUUGACUUGCUGUAUGGGGGAAUUUACUGCUUCAUGUGCCAAGACUACAUAUACGACAAAGACAUGGAACAGAUUGCCAAAGAGGAACAAAGGAAAGCCUGGAAAAUGCAAGGCAUAGGUGAGAAGUACUCGACGUGGGAGCCCACCAAGAGAGAGCUGGAACUUCUUCGGCACAACCCCAAGAGGAGGAGAAUCACAUCCAACUGUACUAUUGAUGACAACGGGAAGAAAGCCAACAACCCAAACCAUUGCAACUGCAUUAUUGACCAAAUCUUCACAGGGGGCCUGCAAUCCGAUGUCACCUGUCAAGUCUGCCACGGUGUCUCAACAACCAUCGACCCGUUCUGGGACAUCAGCCUGGACCUGCCGGGUUCCUCCACCCCGUUCUGGCCGUUAAGUCCCGGCGGAGAUGGAUCGACACUAAACGGAGAGAGUCACACCAAUGGGGCCACAACACUGACAGACUGCCUACGAAGGUUCACUCGACCAGAGCACCUCGGCAGCAGCGCGAAGAUCAAGUGCAGCGGUUGCCACAGUUACCAGGAGUCUACCAAGCAACUGACCAUGAAAAAGUUGCCCAUUGUGGCCUGCUUUCACCUUAAAAGGUUUGAGCAUUCAGCCAAACUACGGAGGAAGAUCACAACAUACGUCUCUUUUCCUUUGGAGCUUGACAUGACACCUUUCAUGGCCUCAAGUAAGGAGAGCAGGAUGAACGGCCAGUACCAGCAGACUGUGGAACCCUUCAACAACGACAACAAAUACAGCCUGUUUGCAGUAGUCAACCACCAGGGGACACUAGAGAGCGGCCAUUACACCACCUUCAUCAGGCAGCAUAAAGACCACUGGUUCAAAUGUGAUGAUGCCAUCAUCACUAAGGCCAGCAUCGAGGCAGUGCUAGACAGCGAAGGGUACCUUUUAUUUUACCAUAAACAGUUCCUGGAGUACGAAUAGUGCACCCGAAACCCAUCACACAUGAGCCCUGAAGCACUACUGCAACUUGUACAACAUUUCCACUGGACUUCAAGACGCACAGGACGAUCUGCUCAAAGCAGUGUGGAUUGUGAACAUCCUAGCAUGAUCAUGUUCGGUCUGUGAGAAAUGGAAGGUUUGAACCCCCAGUUUAUGUUGGGGGAUGGUUUACUUGAUCACAAAUGCUGUUCUUUGCCGAUGUACUGCUCCGAGCACGCGAACAUCAACACUGCGACAAGCUGCUUCUAUUCAGAAUUAAGGCUCUUUGUUUUUUUCUUAAUGCAAAGGAAAUCACAAGCACACCAUGUGUCACGUACAGAGGUGUGGAAAAAAGUGUUUGCCCCCUUCCUGAGUUUUUUUUUUUUUUUUUUUUGCAUGUCUGACACGCUUACCGUAAAUGUUUCAGAUCAUCAAACAAUUUUAAAUACUAAUCACUGACAAAACAACUGAAUACAAAGCGCUGUUUUUAAAUGAAGCUUUUUAUUAUUAAGGGAGAAAAAAAUCCAAAGCUCCAUGGCCCUGUGUGAAAAAGUGAUAUCCUCCUGUUAAAACAUAACAUAACUGAGAUUAAUUGAGAUCUAUCAGUCUGGAAAAGGUUAUAAAGCCAUUUCUAAAGCUUUGGGACUCCAGCAAACCACAGUGAGAGCCAUUAUCCACAAAUGGCCAAAACAUGGAUCAGUGGUGAACCUUCCCAGGAGUGGCCGGCCAACCAAAAUUACCCCAAGUGCGCAGCGACGACUCAUCCAAGAGGUCACAAAAGACCCCACAACAACAUCCAAAGAACUGCAGGCCUCACUUGCCUCAGUUCAGGUCAGUGUUCAGGACUCCACCAUAAGAAAGACACUUGGCAAAAAUGGCCUGCAUGGCAGAGUUCCAAGAUGAAAGCCACUGCUGAACAAAAAGAACAUUAAGACUCGUCUCAAUUUUGCCAGAAAACAUCUUGAUGAUCCUCAAGACCUUUGGGAAAAUACUGGAAGGUGUGUGUCCCAUUAUGUCUGGCGUAAAGGUAACACCACAUUUCAGAAAAAGAACAUCACACCAACAGUAAAAUAUGGUGGUGGUAGUGUGAUGAUCUGGGGCUGUUUUGCUGCUUCAGGACCUGGAAGACUUGCUGUGAUUAAAUGGAACCAUGAAUUCUGCCAUGUACUAAAAAAAAUCCUGAAGGAGAAUGUUCGGCCAUCUGUUGGCGACCUCAAGCUGAAACAAACUUGGGCUCUGCAGCGAGACAAUGAUCUAAAACACACCAGCAAGUCCACCAAAAAAACAAAAUGAAGACUUCGGAGUGGCCUAGUCAAAGUCCUGACCUGAACCCUAUUGAGAUGCUGUGGCAUGACCUUAAAAAGGCGCUUGGUGUUGGAAAACCCUCCGAUGUGGCUGAAUUACAACAAUUCUGCAAAGAUGAUUGGGCCAAAAUUCCUCCACAGCGCUGGAAGAGACUCAUUGCAAGUUAUCACAAACCCACAUUUUAACACGAGGCAGUCACUUUUUCACACAGGGCCAUGUGGGGUUGGAUUUUUGUCUCCCUUCAUAAUAAAAGGUUUCAUUUAAAAACUGCAUUUUGUGUUCAGGUGUAUUGUCAUUGACUAAUAUUUCAAUAUGUUUGAUGAAACAUUUACCUACAUGUGACAAACAUGCAAAAAAUAAAAAUAAAAUAAAAUCCACACCACUGUAUAUACUGUACACACUCUCUCAAAUGACCAAAUAUUGCAUUAUGCAUUUUUCGCUGCACUGCAAAAAAAAAAAAAAAAUCAACAUCUCAUGAUAAACAUUUUCAGAGAAGUUGUUAAUGUGUGUCGCUACUUGUGAGUUUGUCGUCAGUCAACGACGUGGGAAGCUUCGGCUACACUUUUCCCGAGUGUGUCGGAUGUUUCCGCCUCUAUUGCUGCUUCCAACUGUCGCAGGGGCGGACAUUACUCAGUAAAUACUAUAUUUUUAUAAAUACUGUAAUUAUAAAGGUUGGUUUACAGUUUUGCAUUCACUCUCACAUUGUCCGUCUGUGUUACAUUGUGCUGUGCUGUUUUCUACACGCUAAAGAGCUAACCACACCCACUCUGGAAAAUGCUGCUACGGCGGCUUACUUAAUGUUUAGUUAGAUUAACUGUUUUUUUUUAUUAUUGUUCUUAUUCUUUUGUGUGUGUGUGUGUGUGCGUGUGUGGGGUUUUCUUUUUGUUUUGUUUUUUAAAUAUGUACAGGUCUUGGACAGUUUUAGAGUCAUAUAUUUUUCAUGUUCAUGGUAUGUGGUUGUAAUGUUGGUGCAGGUCAAUGCGAAAAGUAAAACAGGAUAUGGGAAGUAUCGUCCUCAGAAUCAUGUGCAAAGGAUCCUACAGUGUUAAUCUAUGGCCGCAUGCUGCUUGAUUUUAGUGUGUGUUUGUGUAUGUGCACAAGAAAGAGACGGGGUGCGGGGGGAAAAAGGUUCAUCGUCGGCGUGGUUGUUAAAAAAGUGGUUUUGCGUAUAUAAAAACUAAGCGUGUGUGUUAAGGUUUGUAUGCACGUGUGGUGCGCGUGCGUAUGCCGUGUGUGUUUGUGUACUGAAUCAGUACUUGCGUUCAGCAUGCCGCCCGAGCUGAAUAUUACUUUUUUUUUCACAUGUUGAAGAUGUAAAGUAUAUAUAUACACACACACACACACACACAUAUAUAUAUACAUAUAUAUAUAUGGUGAAAACCUCAAUAUUGAUUUUGUUCUUCUAUAUUGCUGGAUUCUGCCCUGGGAGUGCAUAAUCGUGUCUUGUCCCAUGACGUCAUUCCACACAUUCAACAUGACUGCUGCAAAGACUGGACACAGUGAUGGCAAGACACUUCAAUAAAGAAAAAAAUCUAUAUCUGUAAUGCACUUUGUCUUACUUUGUAUGACUUAUUUACUGUUAACACACAAUGCUAAUGGUGUUUUUAAACCCCCGUGGUUAACAAUAA